AUGGCUAUUUCUGCGCUGCUGGGCUCAAUGACCUCGAGUCAAGCAUGGGGCUUUGGCGCUCUUUUCCUGGUAGUGACGUUCAUCAUCGAUUUCGUCAGCGACCUCGCCAGCCACCCACCCAUUCAGAUCCCUUCCAUGGGCAAGAGUGGAAUGCUCAAUGCUUUCAUUAACAGUUUUCGAGCCAUCAAGAAUUAUAAUCAAUGGGUCACAGAGGGAUACUCAAAAUUUGGCAGAAAUGGCCUUCCAUUCAUCGUACCGCAGCCUCUAUCUCGCCAUUCAGAAAUCGUUCUCCCUCGCAGCCAAGCCGCCUGGAUGAUCGACCAGCCCGACCACAUCCUCUCAACUUAUGACGCCCACAACGCAACUCUCUUCACCAGAUACAACUUCCUCGGCCGCCGCCUCGCCCACGAUCCGUUUCCCAACCGCGUCAUGCAAAAACAUCUAGCUCGGCAUCUGCCUACCGUGAUCCCAAACAUCGAUGAGGAAACUCAGCAUGUGGUGAGCGCAAUGUUUGGAGACGACACCGAGAACUGGAAGGCAUUCACGCUCUGGGACAUGUGGAUGGAAAUCGUGCCCUGCGUCAUCAACAGACUCCUCGUCGGGCCUGAACUCUGUCGUAACAAACAAUUUGUCGACAACAUGACCAGCUUUUCAAACGACGUUGUCCGCAACAUGCUCAUCCUCCAAUUGCUCCCAAAAGUCCUGCAUCCCAUCGUCGGACGACUCCUCGGCAUCGCCAACUACAUACACUGGCGCUCAGCCGACGCUGUAGUCCAGCCCUUGGUUCAACAACGCCUCAAUGCCAUGUUAAAGCAGGCCAAUGGACAUGCCGAGUUCCAAGAUUACGUGCCACCCGAGGACUUUGUCACUUGGACAAUCAGACAGGCGCUGGCAGAAAACAAGACGUUUGAGCUUGAUCCCGUCGUCCUGUCUAAGCGACUACUACCUGUUGAAUUUGCCGCAAUCCACACCACCGUCCUGACCGGCCAACUAUGGAUGCAAGACCUCCUCUCCUCUGACCACGAGAGCGGCAUCCUCGACAUUCUCCGUGCUGAAAUCAUAGCCAACAAGCCCAAAUCAGGACCCUGGACCAAAACCGCUCUUUCAAACCUCGUCCGCCUAGACUCUUCCAUCCGUGAGUCACAGCGUCUGAGCAACUUUAUGGCUACAGUCGUUGAACGCAAAGUCGUCUCCGAAAAUGGAGUCUACAAUCCAGACCUGGACUUGACUUUCCCAAAGGGCAGUUAUGUCGUGCUAAAUCUCGAGGGGACACAUCACUGCGAAGAUCUAUACGAAAAUGCUAAGGCAUACGACCCGCUGCGAUACUCCAGGAUGAGAGAAGCCUGGGACACAAAGUCCGAUGAAGAGAAGAGGAACGAGCCGGAAGAGGGGACGCGGAUGCGAGGACUGGGAAUGGUGACGACAAGCCCGCAGCACCUCGCUUUUGGCCAUGGAAGACACGCUUGGUGA